UGGAUAACACCUUCUUAAACACCCUAUGUUUCCACUCCAGAUUUUCCCCAAAUCAGCGUUAAAAUCGAAGCAUCCUCCUCCUCCUUUACACUUUUUACACUUCCAGUUGCCUUUCUCCUACUCUGAAACUCGAUAGAAAUUCUCAAACAAUUCCUCCUCUUCUAUUCAAUUGCUUAGUAGAAUUACUUUCCUUUGUACAGUAGCUAGCUAGCUAAAUAGUUUUCAUGGAUAAUCAAUUAGCUUCAGGAUCAGCGUCAGCAGAGGCUUCACAUGAGCGAAGUGAAACCCAGCGCCACCGAUUCCAAUGGAAGCACCUUGGCUUGUUUUCCCUCAUGGAAAAGGUAGGAAGUUUAAGAGUUUUUAUAAUCCUUGUGAACUAAAAUCUAUACCAGAGAUGCAAGGUAGAGCAUAUUAUCAUAAACCUUUUCAUCAAGGAUGGCUAAUUGUUAUUGGUAAUGUUGGAGACAAUUCUGUGCCUAACUCUAAUUUAGAUGAUUGUUUCUUGUGGAAUCCUGUAUCACUAGAAACUGUUCAAUUGCCUAACCUUGAUCGUCAGUCUUUUAGUAGUAAAUCAAAACAGUAUUUCUUGUUCGACCUAGUGUUAUCCUCACCACCAUCUCUGAGUAUUAGUUCUGCUGAUCUGACAACCUAGGCUGCAUAGUAUUCCUCCUUUUUAAACAUGAAACCAUAUAAAUAUUAUUGAGGAUAUGCACGUACUAGCUUUUUGUCGACCUAGAGAUACACAAUGGAGAACAAAGGUGUUGUCUAUAACUGCACCUGAUGAUGAUGGCUAUGCACUAGAUAUUGAAUCCCUGCUUUGCUUUAAAGGUGAUCUAUAUGCAUUCUGUAGCGAAUCACACUUUAAAGACAAUUGGCUUAUAAAGAUUAAGAUACAAAAACUAUGGCAUCAUGUUGUCGGUAAUAAACAAAUCAAAUAUGUUACAAUUAUCGACUUAGCGUACGCCGAUUUCACAUGGAUAGGUGGAGGUGAGGAGUACAGUCGUUACUCCGAACAUUGGGUUGAAUCUGGUAAUGAAAUCUUCAAAGUUCAUUUAAAUUGCAGUAAUAGAGGAUUUAGAAAAGUUGCCUCGACACAUAUCUUCAAAUUGGAUUUCUCAUCAAUGACUUGGGUUUUGUUGAAGUCGUUGGAUGAUCAUGUUCUUUUUUUGUGCUCAAACAUGGAUAUAUUAUACUCUAGAAAGUGUUAUUCAACUUCCACAGCGUGUUGCGCUGCGGCUGACAUGGGUCUUGAAAAGGGUUGCUUGUUCUAUACACUACUUGAAGAUGAAACCUUGUACAUAUUUGAAGUUGAAGACAAUGCUACUGCAGUUAUCAUGACGUGUUUAAAGCUUCCAGCUCCAUGGUUUAUGCCCACUUGUAUAAUGAUGCCCACAACAGAAAACAGGUGCUACAAUCCGUUUUUCAAAAGAUGGACGGCUUCUAUUGUCUAACGGGAAAAAAAUUGUAUUCUGCUACAAUCCCUUCACAAGAGCAAUCAUUUUUCUUCCAGAUUUACCUGAUAAUUAUGUACUUGGUGGAAUGUCAUUCUCGUCGGUACCAACUUCUCGCGAUUGUGUGGUGAUUGCUGUCUCCAAUUGGUUUGACUUCGUAGGUUACGAUGAGAUUUUUUUUUUGGUCACUGAACCGGGAAAGGGUGCAACUGAUUGGGAUGUUCGUGACUUUGAUUAUGAAGGCCGCUGUGAGGACUACUUUAUGCCGUGUAUUAACAACCCGGUUUUCUAUGACAGGGCUUUCUACUGCUUAGAUUGUAAUGGGAUGUUAGGAGUUUUUAAUAUGACUGGUGAUUCCAGUUGGGAAAUACUUCCGAAGUCCUUGAUCCAAGUUAUCUGGUGGAGUGUGAUAAAAAGCUUUUACUAGUGAAUUUAGGACAGAGUGGAAAAUCUGUGGAUAUUUAUAGAUUGGAUCAUACGGAGAUGGUCUGGGUAAAACUGAACAGUUUGGGAAAGCAUGCGUUGUUCAUCAGCUUUGCAUCCAGUUUCUCAGCAAUUGCUCCACGUAGUUGCACGGAGAACAAAAUCUACUUCCCAAGAUUAUAUGGCGAAAGGAUUCUAUAUUAUUCUCUUGAUACAUGCAAGUAUCAUUAUGUUGGGAGUAAUCAACCUUCUUCGCAAGAUUUUCACUAUACGAAGGAAAGAUUAAGCUGCACUUGGAUCGAGCCUAGGUGGUCUUAGGCAAGUCUUAAUCAAGAGCAUGACGACACCAGCAUACCAUCAGGAAAGAUCAAUCUGCACUUGGAUUUAGCCUGGGUGGUCUUAGACUCUUAGGCAAGUCUUAAUCAAGAGCCUGACGUACCAGCAUACCUCAGGGAAGAUCAAGCUGCGUUUGGGAAGAUCAAGCUGCCUUUCGACUGAGCCUCGGUGGGCUCAGGCAAGUCCAAAUCAAUAACCUGACAGUACCAGCAUAGCCCAGGAAAGAUUAUGCUGUGCUUAGAUUGAACCUGGGUGGUCUAAUGCAAGCCCUAAACUCCUAAUAAAGAGCCUGACGAUACCAGCAUAGCAUCUAAAACCCUGUACUAGUUAGUUUUGGUUAACUUAUGGUACAAAGGUGUAUUAUUCGAGUCCUGGCACUUACUUUGGGGUGAAUUUCUUAGCUAGCGUGCAUCUGAUUGAGGUUCUUAUUUUUCUGUUAAUGUAAAAUUAUUUAAUAAUGGGCUUUGGUCAUAUUGGUCCAGUUGGUAUGUGAAUGUGGUUUGCAA